GCGUCUGCAAGGAAUACUGGGAGGCCAAGGAUCGAGGGGUUCCAUUUGUACCUACCCCUCCGCCACCCGCGUAUGCAAGAGCGGGCCGAACCCUGUUUGGUGGUGGAAGUGAGUGCCAGAGUCACUCAACGGAUAACUAUGCGACGAGAAGAGAAGAUGAGGAGACGAAUGCAAUGAUGAGGAGUUAUUUUCGCGAAAAAAACCCUAAUGUGGAAGCAGGAGAAAAAUAAUUUGGCAAAAGAGGAGGAGAAGCGCAAACAAGAAGCGUUGAGACUCGAGGCGGAGAAGAAGAAACAAGAAGAAAUUGCCGAGCGGAAGCGAGCUGAAGACGAGCGAGACGCGAGGCUGCUCCGUAUCAUCCGAUCGGAAAUUAGAAUCGAGAGUAACACUGAAAACGAACGCGUUCCACGACGAAUCAGAAAAUUGGUGAGACGCAACGAGAGGGAUGAGACAUUGGAAGAAGAGAAGGAACGGUUAAGACGGACGAUCGCCCUUCAUCAGGAGGAGGAUGCUGUCGAGGACGAAGAGCUUAUAUUGCUACGAAGACGAGCUGCAGGGUUGGUAAUCAGUGACAAGAGGAAGCGGGAGAAGGAGGUGGUGAUCGGUGAUAGCCCACCAAUGAUCACGCUUACCAAAAGGCAACGGACGACACUGGGAACGAUGCCGAAGCUACGGAUCGAGGAGAUACGUGAGAAUAGGAAGGCGGCCACAUCAUUUUCCCCGGUGCCAGUAGGGAAGAUCGCCUUGUCCCUUAAGCAUAUCCUGGCGGGGAGUGGCCCGAGUGCCAGGGAGAAGUACGAAGCUGACUGUCGGGAACUCCGAAGCUCUGACGGUGGAAGAAUUGAAGGAGGCAUGCAAGACGGAACGAAUUAACUACGGUAAGUGCGAAUCUGCGAUCAAUCGUCUAGUCCUACGCAGGGUUGUCAAGGCGUACGACCCGAUUAACGUA